UGCAUCGGUCUCCAUCGGUCUCCAUCGAUCUGCAUCGGUCUCCAUCGGUCUCCAUCGAUCUGCAUCGGUCUUUGUCGAUCUCCAUCGAUCUGCCGAGUCGCUCUUCUUCCCCCUGAAGAGCCUCUGCUUCUGCUGCCGGCCUCGUCCCCCCGGUCGUUCUCUCGAUCGCAUCGGCUUCCGGCUGCCCAUUCCCGUCCCUCCCACCUCCCUUCCCCAGACACACCGUCCUCGUCCCCGCCAUGAGCACUCUCCCGCCGCGCAACCUGGACUCGUAUCUGCCCAACGAGAUCCUCAGCCAUGUCUUCACAUACCUGCUGGACCCCGAAUACCGCAUCCACCCUCUCGGCUUCCCGGAGCUGUGGGAUCUCUCGUCCUCGGCGGCCUCGUCCUUUGCCGAGCUCGUGCGGCUCAGGGCCUAUAUGCGCCAGCUCUUCACCUGCCUCCUGGUCUGCAGGGCCUGGGCUGGCGUUGCCCAGCGCCUAAUCUACAGCCACCUCUCCAUCGUCACCGACAAGGACACCCUGCAUCUGCUCGACAAGCUCUCGGCCGACUUUUUCGUGCCGCCCUCCAUCACAGACCUGCCGCCACCGCUCCAUCCUGCCCUUGCCCUUCCUUCGUGUCUGCUUCUCAUCCGCUCCGUCCGCAUCUCUGUCUCCAACAUCAACAUCGCCACCACCCGCGAUCUGAUCCUCAACCUGGGCUGCAACCUCACAUCCCUGGUCCUCGUCGGCCGCAUCUUUGACGACAGUCCGCACUUUGACGCCAUCGACGACUCGGCCCACGAAAGCACCAGCCUCGACUAUCUGCUCACCUACCCCAAGCCGCUCUCGGUCUUUGCUCCGCUCUUCUCAUGCAACUUUUCCCGUCUGCGCACCCUGGUCUUGCCCACAUUGCCGGCCCACAUGCUCUCGGGCCUCGCCAGCCUCCUGGCCACGGCCUCGUCCAAGGCUGCCGCAGGGGCUGCCUGGGAGUUUCCCGUGCUGCAGACUCUGGAUCUGUCGUCUCUCGUAACCUGCUCCGACCAGAUCGGCGACUUUGUCGUCACCACCUUUGUGCAGGCUUGCCCCAAGGUCCACUCCGUCUCGCUGCCCAAGGUUUCGACCGCCGCCCUCAAGCGCAUUGUCGAAAAGGUCGGCCACCAGUUCAGCCAUUUCCGCUGCCCAACCCUCAACUUGGUCGAUGACGACGAAGCCCGCGAGAUCCUCGGCCAUCUGCCCAACCUCCGCACCUUCUUCAUCGGCAACAUGUCCACCUCCACCCUCGCUGUCCUUGCCGAGCUGUGUCCUGGACUCAGUGGCCUCUCUGUCGCCCGCGUCUCUGCAGACCCAACGCUCAACCACACUUCCGAGCAUCACCAGCAGCGCUGGCUCACCGCCCGUGUCGUCGCGCUCCUGCAGAGCCUCAAGCAUCUCCGCAUCGGCUUUUGGUCGGGCCUGAGCAUUGAAACCUUCAAGGCCAUCUUCCGCUACUGCUCCAAUCUGCUGACUCUGGACAUCUGGGACCGCGACCGCAUCAGCGAGUCCAGCGUCCAGGAACUCUUUGUCUGCAUCACCAACGCCUGCCCCAAGCUUGUCCAGUUCAGGGCCAGUAGCACCUGCUGGGACAGCAGCCUGUGCCCGAUCGUCUACCUGGCCGCCCGCCUGGAGCAUCUCCUGGUCAUUGGCGAGGGCCUCCUGACCCUCAACAAGCGCGGCUAUUGCAAGCAGACCAACGUGCUCUGCGAGCUGCUCGAGCGCCAGAACUGCACCGACAUGCGUAGCCAGCGACUCGAGAACAUUGCGCCUCCUCGCGGCACUUCGUCGACCUUCCGCCCCAUCGCUUCGUCCCGCAUCGACAUUGGCGUUCCCGGCGAGCCCAAGACCUCGUGGGCCGCACCCAUCCGCCGUGCCUGCCGAGGCGACACCAUCCUGGCUCAGGCUGUUGGUGAGGGCGAUUACCUUGCCUUCCGCAACCGAUUCAUGCAGAUCGGAUCCGAGGCUUCUGUGGCCAUGUGAGCCGACUCUAGGGGGCAGCCUUGCCCUCAGCAAGCACUGCACCCAUGCACAUCCCCGUGCUGUACAUAGAAAUCCCCCCCCCGAGCUUGCCACCAGUCGUUCGCCGACAUGCGGUGACCAGCUCGACUCCCCCUGGCCCUGUCCCCACCCACCUCUUUGCUUUUUGGAUCGUCUUUGCAAUUGCCCAUGCUGUGGUCUAGCGGCAUUGCGACCUAUCCAGUGUGCCUGAGCUUUUGAUUUUGCCUCCACCUCCGCUGCUCGUUUGCCCUCAUUUUGUUCACGCUGUGUGGCACUGUCUCGUGCCUCGGCGUCCUUCCCAUCUCGGCCAUGCCGACAGAUUCUCCAUACCCCCGUGUGUGAUUGUGCACCUGCGCUCUUCUCGAGCUUCUGCCCACGCAACGAAACGGGAUACUCUACGUUUAUCGCUUUUGUUUUUUUGGAUGAGAAUAUAUGCACAUCCAUCAUUCGCAUGGGCCUUUC